GCUGUACAAUGGCAGCUCCCGUUAUAUCCAAUGCCGUUGUGCCGUCAGAGUGCACCGCGGUACGACAAGGUGCCAAUGCAUCUCGGGCAACCAGGCCCGCCGGAGGUGUCGACACCCGCUGGCGCGUUGCCGUGGCGGCCAUGUUCAUCGCUUUCUUCACUGUAGCGUCCUCGUCUAACCUGGGCUUCUUCUACGUAUAUUUUCACGAAGAAUUUCAGACGACACGGCAACAAGCCUCUUGGCCAGGCAGCGUCCUUCAAAUUAUGGGGCACGUGUCCGGCAUACUGGUGGCCAUUCUUCAGCCGAUCAUCCCGAUCUUUUACAUUGCCUUCUUCGGAAGCAUAUUGCUGUGGUUGGGACUACUAGCAGCUGUGUUCGCUCCUACCAUACCCUGGAUGACUGUGACGUUUGGAUUUCUGCAUGGUGGCGCAAUCGGAAUCGUCAGUGUCUCUGUGAUCGUUGCCCUAAUGACGCACUUCGAGAAGUAUCGAGGAGUGGCGUGCGGCCUCAAGUACACGGGCAACACGCUGGCUGCCCUCUUGUUGCCGAAGUUACUGUCGUGGCUCCAGGAGCUGUACUCCUUCAAAGGCACGCUGCUUAUCUACGCUGCAUUGACCAUGAAUGCGACGGCUUUCACUCUCUUCUUCAGAAAUAACGAACUUACAAGAGUCCGGAAGCCAAGGCAACAAACUGAUCGCAACACGUCUCCCGAGGGAACUAAAUCGGAUGUUCCGGCGGAAGGACUACCGGUAGGUGAUAAUGACACUAGUUUUGUGCAAAGCGGGAAAAGCGUAGGUGCUUGUGACAGUAGAAUAUAUGGUACCAGAACAGCGACAUCAGAGAUCAAGUGCGCAGAUUUCUCAAGGGAUCAUUCUCAAGAAAAACUUCAAAAGCCCGAGCACAUCACGCAAGAGGUGACGACAGAGUUGGCGCAUGGUUGGGAGACAAGCAUUCAGGAGGGCGAUAUGCAAAAGACCCGCCACUUGUCCAAAAAGCAUGACUUUCCUGUUAGCAAAACCGAAUUGGCUGUCACGACUGACGGCGGCCUUGUGGGCCCAACAAGCGACGUUCUACAAAAAGAAAAGGGCUCCGGCAAGUGGAUAAAAGGGCCUAACUUAGAUGAAGAUAUUCAGUGCAACCGCAGUGAUUUGCAGAGAAAGCUCGUUUCAGAACAAAGUUACGGCUCAAUCAACGAUGCCAGCGGUGCAAAUAUGACUGGACAUCUGCAGUUCGAAGAUGAAUCGUCGGCACCCCGGACUUGCCACAGUGGAACGCUUGAGCUGCUAUCGAAACCGACAUUUUACCUCCUGGUUCUGGGAGCUGUGGCCUCCGACUACACAGCGCUCGUCGUGCAAGGAACAAUUGUUGACUACGCUUUGGAUAAAGGCGUUGAACGAAAAAGUGCGGAGCUUUCGAUGACGUACUGCGCACCGACAGAAUUUGUAGGACGAUUGAUUCUUCCCUUGGUGGCUGACUUUAAAUUUAUUGGACGCACUACUUUGGCGGCGUCGUGCUUUGGUGCAAUGACAAUCACUUCACUCGCACUGCCGUAUACUGUGUCAUUCACGGGUUACAUCGUCGUAGAGAUGACAACGAUAUUUUUCCUGGCGUGCGUGGCCACCCUCAAGGCAGUCCUGGUGGCCGACAACUUUGGUGCCAAAGCAGUGCCCACCUUCUGGGGAGCCAAUGGACUUGCCUUGAUCCCUCUUCUUUCUGCAAAUCCCUUCAUUACAGGGUACUUCAGGGACAAACUGGGAUCGUACGACAACCUUCUGAGACUGCUAGCCGGCAUCCAGCUUUUUACUGCCAUUGUGUUUUUUGCGCUCGCAUACGUCCAAAAGAGGACAAGCAAAGUUAAUUCCUAGCAGAUAUUUUUUUGAAUACGACGUACGAAUGGCGCACUGAGCAGCCUGUAUAUUGUGGGUAGUAGCGGCAUCACCAGCCAGCUGCACAGACCUCAUUAUACCGCGCAUACAAGACAUUUUCGUGCGUGACAACAUGAACAGUCAAUGUCAGACGCAUGCGCGUAAUCAUGAAUGGUAGGCAGCAAAUAUUCUGUGCCGUUCAAUGUUUUCAUAUCGGUAAUGCUUUGGAACUGUGCUUAGUUAGGCGAUGCACGGCAUUAUAAGUUCGGAUAAACAACAUACCAUCCCCUAGUUUAUUUCCUACUAGCGCUAACACAAUCAAAUGUGCACCGCCUGACACGUGAGAAAUAUUUGCGUUACGAUAAGUGAGGUAAAAGAACAAUUCGAAGCAAAAUAAUUAUCUGCCAGGUGAAUCCUCUAAAAUAACUUGCGAAAUAGAGCAAGCGUCAUAAUAUCCAGAUAACAAAUUCGAAGAUGCGGGUAAAUUUUAUGCACCGAAAACAGGCUGGUGAGGGAGAAAGUGACACUCGGAAGCUACGGCAGAACCACAAUCUAGAUCACGCGCUCUCAUACACCGUCUCUUACAAUCUGUUUAUCACUUCCACAUCGGUUUCUUUACAUUCAUGUGUCGUCUCCGGAUACAGCCGUGCCAACCUCUCGCUACGAAUGAUGGCACUGACGGCGGUUUUUUUUUUCCUAUUCACUACUACUUACUACAUCUAUGCUUCUUCUUUACAUCCAUGCGUCGUCUCCAGAUACAGUCGUGCCAACCUCUCGCUACGAAUGAUGGCACUGACGGCGGUUUUUUCCCCAUUUACUACUACUUACUACAUCUAUGCUUCUUACUACACCAGGUCUGGUUGAAAUCAUCGGUAAUUUAUGGAAAGCUUCAGAAAUGCGCGAAAAAAAAAUCGCAGCGAUCUCCUCAUAAAUAAACAGUCGUCAAAUUUUCAGUGCGGUAACACAUUAAUAUUGGGUGUUCGAACAAGUAAAAGAAGCCUCCCAGCGAAUGCACUUUAAGGUGAAAGCCUUAGAUGCCUCACCGAACGCCGAAACUGACCGUAGGCGUCGGCAUCGCGACGUCAACACGACUGAGUAAAAACUUAUCACGUCAUGACGUCAUCAUUAUGGCACAGAUAGCCAAACAUUGUGACGUCAUCAUGACGUCACUGUGACUUCACACAUCAUGGCGACACAUGAUGGCGCAAUCACAUGCCAUCAUUGCUUGGUCAAAGCUGGGCCGAUCACGGAGGCAAUACAAAACCACGUUACGUGCAGAAAGCUUUUGGAGAGGAGCGAUCAAUACAUCGACUGAAAAGAGAAAAAAGAAGGCGUUCGCCUUCGAGUCGUCUCGGGUGAUUUCAUAAGGGAGUUUUUUUCUUUUUUUUUUCGGAAGCCACACACGCUGUGCAUAAAGGUAACAAGGCAUGGCGUAGCUUAAUGCCCCUGCCUCAUGACUGUUUUACCUCCUUAGUUAAUGUUGUACAGAAUGGGCCAAAACGCAAUUUCAUUUU